GAAUUCUGCUGUUAUAUCUUCUCCAUAGUUGCAUCUCAAUGAGGUUGAUCUAUAGAUGGAGACCACUGUCACAAACCAUGGAGUUGCAUGUGUAACCAUGAGGUAGGACUGCACACCCGAGCUGAACCUCGCUCAGCUUGAUCCUAGAGCCACGGAAGCCUGGAGAAGCAGGACAGGUAUAAGUGUAGAGCUCGAGUGGCUCGAGGUUCGAGUAAUCUGCUGCGCGAGCGUAGAGCUUGGAUCUGGAGUGGGGGUGAUUGAGGAGAGCCCAGGAUCGCUUUGUGUCUCGACUGCUCGAAGCGUCAUCACGUGACAGGAUUCAACCACUCGAUAUAGGCUGAUUGACAGCAUUUCGAGAGGUGAUUCCAAUCGACUUGUGAAGGGUGUUUAGCUGCUGGUUCUGCUGGCUACUACUCUCUGGAGACUUGAGACUGCUGCAUAUUAAAGAGGAUCUUCGUGGGACGAAACCUCGAGGCGCCUCCGAGCUCCGCUCGUUCAGGCUCGCAGACCUCGGGAAAUCGGUUCACCAUGGCCAUGGGAAUGGGGCCUCAGGCAGGUCAUGAUGUGUUCGUGAGGAGGCAGGACGAUGAGAACUGCUGCAAUUUGGCGCAAUGCAGGCUUACUUACUACGUCUUCUUCACAGUAUUGGGUGCCAUGGCUUGCAUGUUCGCGUUAUUGGUUUUGUUCUCAGGCCUUCAGUGGAUGGGAUUGCUCGUGACGGACCUCGUAAUUCUAGGAAUACUGUGGGGAACAUUUUGCUGCGUCUAUGGCUGCUGCUUCAGAACGAAGUUGGUGAUUCAUUCCUCAGGUGCUCCGGGGAUAGAUCCAGCAGUUCCAGUCGGUGUGCAGCUCGCCUACCCUGCGCACAUGCAUCCAGCCCCUGGAGUUGUGCAGCAAGGUUACCCUGUACCGCACAUCGUUCAUCAGGGGUACCCAGUUCACGGACAGCAUGCACCUCCGGCACCAGCAGCUGCAGCUUCCUGGCCUACCCCUCUCACGCCACCGGGUCCAAAAGUGCAACACAGUCCUAUCCCCGGUGCAUUUGCACAACCGGGAACAAGCUCGUGGCAAGCUCCACACGCACCAUAGUGCAAGACGGAUGUCUCGAUUUUUGAAUCGAUCGCUCUCUAAAAGGUAGCUCGAGCUUUGGAUCUAGCGAGAUGCAGGUGCUUGCACAGAACAUAAACAUUUGUACAUUACAAUCUCUAUUCUUCGUCGACGAAGAAAUAAGCUAGGCAGCUACUAAAUCGCGUCGAUGGACUCGAUCGUCUUCGAACGCCUGCUGGCCAUCACAUGGAUCUAAGUGAGAGCUAGAUCGACUGACCUGGAAAUGUGCUUCAUUUGUACAUUGCAUGUACAAUCCGGAUCACUAGUUGACACAACCGGCGAUUUCUAAUUUUUUUGAUACUGUUCCAGUGGAAUAAAGGCCAAUCUAAGCUGAUUCAUGGUCCUCUAUUUUAGAUAUG